AUGUCGUUCCGCGAGAUUCGAAACUUCACCGAGUGCAUGCGGUCGCUGGGGUACCCGCGGAUCGUCAGCGUCGAGAACUUUCGCACGCCAAACUUUGAGCUCGUCGCGGAUUGCCUGGAGUGGCUCGCGCAGCGAUACGACGGCGGCGCGGUCGUGGAGGACGACAUCAGCACGGAGACGGACCGGGUCAGGUUCUUGAAGUCCGUCGCCGCGGUGUUCUUGUCCAAGGCGCGGAUCAAGCUCAACCUCAAGCGGCUGUACGCCGCGGACGGCCUCGCCGUGAAGGAACUCCUGAAGAUCGCCAACUUGCUGUACCAAGCCACCGCGAAGGCGGACGAAGACGACGCGGACGAGGAAGCGUCGGGAGGCACCGCGUUCGCGCUCGACGCGUCCGCCUUUGACGUCAAGACGACGCGCGCGCUCGCGUCGGAGAUCACGCGCCUCGGCGCGACGCUCCACGACGCGCUCGGCGAGGAGGAACGGCUUCGAGACGCGCGGCUCUCCGCGACGAGGAAGAACAUGGACAUCGAGGAGAUCGAGUCGCAGAUAUCCGAGCAGAUCGCGACGGUCAGAGAGAACGCGGCGAACGUGGAGCGCGCGAUGGCGGAGCUGACGGAGGACGAGUCGUCGCUCGCGCGACAGAUCGAACGCAAACGCGCCGAGCUCGAGCGCUCGGAGAAGCGCCUCGCGACGCUCGAGUCAGGCGCGUUCUAUACAAAAGUUUUUCACCCACCGUCCGUGCGACCGGCGUACAUGGACGAAUACGAGCGCCUCGAGCCGGAGAUGGACGAGCUGCACGCCGCGUACAUCGAGCGGCAUAGGAACUUGACGUACUUGGAGAGCGAGCUGGAGAAGAUCGAGCGAGACGAGGAGGAC